AUGCCCAAUUUUGCGGAUGCGAAAAUUGCGUAUGCGACACAGUCCAACAUGGAGCUGGGUAGGGCGCUUUUGUCCUUCAGUCUGUGCCAAAUCAAGACACUGGUUAAGUACGCCAAUCCGCUCCUCACUCUAUCAAGGUUCUUGCUGGGUGAUCGUUUUACGGACGCUGCUCUCAAGGCUACCCUGUACGGACAUUUCGUAGCUGGUGAAGAUGAAGUGCGUAUCCAACCGAAAGUGCGCGUUCUGGAAUACGCAGGCAUCGGUAGUAUUUUGGACUACGCUGCUGAAGAAGAAGGUCAAGGGGUGGUGACCCCGGCAACAUCUGUCGAUCCUGCUUCACAACCAAUCGCACGUGUCUACGAUUACACGUGCGAAGCCAAGUGCGAUCGUCACUUGGAAACGUUCAAGAGUUGCAUACAAGCAGUUGCCAAUCUCGAAAAAGAUGGGUACGCUGCCGUCAAAAUUACGGCUUUGACGAAUCCAGAUCUACUCGAACGAAUGUCGAAAGCUAUCGUGGAAGCCCGUAACUUGUUUGCCAAGUUCGAUUCCAACGGCGACGGCAUGAUCAGUCGACACGAGUUCGCUCAAACUUUCCGAGUCUUUUUCAAGGGCGAAGAUACCAAGCUGUCCAACAUGUUGGAAGAAUUACAACCUGACCAGAACGGAAAUGUCGACUAUAUUAUGUGGUCCAUGAUGCUUGCUCCUGGCGAUCUGCCACGAAUCUGUGCGGGCUGCCGUGAGGUAGGCCCUCUGGCACUUGCCGCACCCACAGACGAAGAGGUUGAGCUCAUCGAAUCAAUGUUCCGACGAGGCCACGCUCUAGCGCAGGAAGCGGCUCAGUGCGGCUCCUCCGUUCUCAUCGACGCUGAACAAUAUCGCUACCAACCGGCUAUUGAUAACCUUGUUUUGGAUUUGCAACGCACGUUUAACGCGACAAGUGAAUCCAAGUUUCCUAUCGUAUACAAUACUUACCAAUGCUAUUUGAAAGAUUCCAUGGAGCGUCUCAAAACAGAUUUGGAACGUUCGGAACGUUUUGAUUACCACUUUGGUGCUAAACUCGUUCGUGGUGCUUAUUUGGAGAGUGAACGAGAACUGGCAGAAAAGGCCAAAGUUCCCAGUCCAGUCUACACAGAACUCGAAGAGACGCAUCAGUGCUACAAUGAAGCUGUCGAAUUUUUGUUGGAAUACUCGACACAGUCUAAUAAGAAGGUCGAACUCAUGCUGGCGACGCACAACCAAGAGUCGAUAGAGAAGGCAAUCGAGGUCAUGAAUCGGCUCGGCGUUCACCGUCAAGACUCAACCGUGAGCUUUGGACAGCUGCUGGGAAUGGCGGACCAUCUCUCCUUCAAUCUGGGUCGCCACGGCUACCGCGCGUACAAGUAUGUACCGUACGGUGAAGUUAAGGAAGCCAUGCCAUAUUUGAUCCGUCGAGCCAACGAAAACAGCUCUCUGGCUGGCGGAGCCUCUCGAGAAAUGGCAAUGAUUGGCCAAGAGCUUAAGCGACGUGCUUUCUGUUGA